AUGAAACAGUUCCUUGUACUAGUGUUUGUGGCGGCCCUUCUAGGAGUACGGGGGGACAGCGACAACGAUAACCACCACCACCACCACAGCAGCAGUGGAGGCGGUGGAGGUGGCAGUGGUGGAAGCGGGGGUGGUGGCGGCGGGAGCGGAAGAAGUGGGACCAGCGGCGGAAGCGGAAGUAGUUGGACCAGCGGCGGCAAUGGCGGAAGUGCAUCAUCACAAGGCAGCUCAUCUUCUGGUCAUGGAGGUGAAACUAUCCGCGUCAUAAAAGGGCAUGUCAAUUCAGGUGGAUCUCAUAUUGUUGAGACAGUUCCGGUGCAUACAUACAAGAUGCAAUAUGUCCAGCAACCGCCUACACAGUAUCACACCGUAUACCAGCACAUCCCUACUCCCUAUUUCGGCGGAUAUCGAGAUGGAGGCUUCGGCGGCCGUGGGUUCAAUGGGGGCUGGGACGAUAGGUAUCAAGGAAGAUUCGGCGGACCUGGCGGACCCGGUGGACCAGGUGGACCUGUCCAUAUCAGCUACUCAACAUAUAACCAUGUAUACGGACCCAGUGGUGGUUAUGGGCCAGGUGCUGGCUGGUCUAGUGGGGGUCCUGGUGGUUACUGGGGUGGAAACGGAGGUCCUGGUUAUGGCGGUCAAGGAUACAGCGGUCCUGGUUACAAUGGUCCAGGAUACGGAGGACAAAGCUACGGAGGGCCUGGUUACGGAUGGCAGGGAAACCAAUACGGAGGACCCUCUGGUGGUUACAAUCAUGGCUAUAGAGGCUACCCCAAAGGCAAACCGUACUGA